AUUGUUCAAGUAACUAGUUAUGUAUGAACUCAGUGUUAUGUGUUCCAAUAUCUGCGAUGGAGCCUUCAAUCACGACGAGCUCGUGCGGAUGGAGCGGGAAACCCUGGCCCAUUACAUCCUGGAAUUGUCGCGCAUGGAUGGUGGUGGCGUACACUUCGAGUUGCUAAGACAUCUGCGUACUUAAUUUAUUUUAUAUUUACCCAAUAAAUAUACU